ACCACCCAACAAUGGCGGGUUUUUCCUCUGCGGUCUCAAAUACGACCUUUUUCUCUGUAACAUCAAAGAGUCAUCAGUCCUCUUCUCGUCCCUAUACUUACUUCUUUGCAGUAGCCACCAUUUCUUUCCCUCUUCUUUCCUCUCGAACACGAUGUCGUCGCCUCACUCCCACACUAAUAACAGAAUCUCUCAAGGAAAAUUUAGGCCUCGUUACGAAGACAUGGGGUGAUUUCACAAGCUUGAAUUACUGGGUCAUUCGGGAUUAUUAUCGUCUUGUAGAGUACGUUAACUCCUUCGAGUCUCGAAUUCAGAAGUUCUCUGAUGAACAACUAACUGCAAAAACUGCUGAGUUCCGCCGACGGUUGGGAAAAGGAUAGACACUUGCAAAUAUUGAAGCUGAGGCAUUUGCUAUUGUUCGUGAAGCUGCCAAGAGGAAGCUUGGUAUGCGUCAUUUCGAUGUGUAGAUUAUUGGUGGUGCAGUGCUUAAUGACGGGUCUAUUGCUGAGAUGAAAACUGGAGAGGGGAAGACAUUGGUUUUGACAUUGGCUGCAUAUCUUAAUGCCUUGACUGGCGAGGGUGUUCAUGUGGUUACUGUCAAUGAUUACCUUGCUCAACGUGAUGCUGAGUGGAUGGGUCGUGUCCAUCGCUUCUUAGGCCUUUCUGUUGGUCUUAUCCAAAGAGGGAUGAAAGCUAAGGAAAUGAGGUCUAAUUAUAGAUGUGAUAUUACGUACACCAAUAAUUCUGAACUUGGUUUUGACUAUUUGAGAGAUAAUCUUGCUGGAAGCAGUGGACAACUUGUUAUGAGAUGGCCAAAACCGUUCCAUUUUGCAAUAGUUGAUGAAGUUGAUUCUGUCCUAAUUGAUGAGGGGAGAAACCCAUUGCUGAUAAGUGGUGAGGCUACUACAGAUGCUGCACGCUAUCCAGUUGCUGCCAAAGUAGCCGAGCUUCUCAUGCGUGGCCUUCAUUACAAUAUAGAGCUUAAGGAUAAUUCAGUGGAGUUGACUGAAGAAGGAAUUGCCCUAUCUGAGAUGGCUCUUGAAACAAAUGAUCUACGGGAUGAGAAUGACCCUUGGGCUAGAUUUGUCAUGAAUGCUUUGAAAGCCAAGGAGUUCUAUCGCCAAAAUGUCCAAUACAUUGUUAAAAAUGGGAAAGCUCUAAUAAUAAAUGAGUUGACCGGGAGAGUGGAAGAAAAACGACGAUGGUCGGAGGGAAUUCACCAGGCUGUGGAGGCCAAAGAAGGUCUACAGAUCCAGGCGGAUUCAGUUGUAGUGGCGCAAAUUACUUAUCAAUCACUGUUUAAGCUAUAUCCGAAGCUUUCGGGGAUGACAGGGAYUGCAAAAACUGAAGAAAAGGAGUUCUUGAAAAUGUUCCAGAUGCCUGUUAUUKAAGUGCCCACAAAUAUGCCAAAUAUUCGUAUUGAUUUAMCCAUCCAAGCUUUCGCAACUGCUCGUGGUAAAUGGGAAUAUGUUCRUGAAGAAGUUGUAAGUAUGUUCAGAGUUGGUCGUCCUGUUUUAGUUGGGACCACUAGUGUCGAGAAUUCAGAAUAUUUAUCUGCUCUACUGAUGGAAAGCAAGAUCCCUCACAAUGUCCUCAAUGCACGACCAAAGUAUGCUGCCAGAGAGGCUGAAACUGUGGCCCAAGCUGGAAGAAAGUAUGCUAUCACCAUAUCUACGAAUAUGGCUGGAAGGGGCACAGACAUUAUAUUGGGAGGUAAUCCGAAGAUGCUUGCAAAAGAAGUUAUAGAGGAUAGCAUACUUUCGCAUAUGAGUAAGAAUACUCCUGAUAGCGAGGUUGAGGAACCAAAGUCGCAAAAGGCAUUGCCAAAAAUGAAAAUUGGACCAUCAUCGUUGGCUUUGCUAGCUAAGACGGCUCUAAUGGCUAAAUAUGUAGCCAAAAGUGAGAGCAAGAGUUGGACAUAUCAGAAGGCAAAAUCUAUUAUUUCAGAGUCAAUCGAGAUGAGCCAGUUUGUGGCUUUAGAUGAGCUUGAAAGACUUGUCGAGGAACAGGCAGAGAUGUACCCUCUCGGUCCUUCCAUUGCACUUGUUUAUUUAUCAGUUCUUAAGGACUGUGAAAUUCACUGUUUCAACGAAGGAUUGGAAGUGAAACGUCUUGGUGGUCUCUAUGUGAUUGGAACAUCUUUGCAUGAGUCCCGACGAAUUGAUAAUCAGCUUCAUGGUAGAGCAGGAAGGCAAGGAGAUCCUGGAUCAACACGGUUCAUGGUCAGUUUGCAGGAUGAMAUGUUUCAAAAGUUCAACUUUGACACUGAAUGGGCUGUGAAACUCAUAUCAAGGAUUACUAAUGACGAGGAUGUACCAAUUGAAGGUGAUUCAAUUGUUGGACAGCUUCUGUCUCUUCAAGUUUCCACAGAAAAGUAUUUCUUCAACAUAAGAAAGAGCCUUGUAGAGUUUGAUGAAGUGCUAGAGGUGCAAAGGAAGCAUGUUUAUGAUCUUCGUCAGAUAAUUUUAACURGYGAUUCUGAGAGUUGUUCACAUCACAUUCUCCAGUACAUGCAAGCAGUCGUAGAUGAACUUGUUUUGGGAAAUGUUGAUCCGUUGAAGCAUCCAAGCAGCUGGAACUUAGACGAACUCUUAAAGAAUUUCGUUGCAAUUUCUGGGAAGAUAUUGGAUGAGUCAUGUACAGGAAUUACGGUGGAAUCUUUGAUGCAAUCACUUGCUAAUGUUAAUGAAUCAAGUGAUAAUGAAUUGUGUCUUCCAAAUUUACCUCAACCUCUGAAUGCUUUUAAAGGUAUACGUAAAAGGACUUCUUCAUUGAAGCGUUGGCUAUCCAUAUGCUCGGAUGAUUCGCUCAAAGAUGGAAGAUAUCGAGUUACAGCUAAUCUUCUGCGCAAGUACCUUGGUGAUUAGUUAAUCGCUUCAUAUACAAACACCAUUCAAGAAUCUGGUUAUGCUGAAGAAUAUGUAAAUGAAAUUGAGAGAGCGGUUCUUGUGAAGUCCCUAGAUUGUUUUUGGAGGGAUCAUCUUGUAAACAUGAACAGACUAAAUUCAGCGGUGAAUGUAAGGAGCUUUGGGCACAGGGAUCCGCUGGAAGAAUACAAAAUAGAUGGUUGUCGGUUUUUCAUCUCGAUGCUCAGCGCAACUCGGAGGUUGACUGUGGAAUCACUUUUGAGGUACUGGUCAUCUCCCAUGGAGUCCCAACAAUUAUAUGCAUCAUAG